UGGCUGAUCCAACAAAGCCGGUAGUUCAGUGCUGUUCGAUGUAAACAAAACUGUUUGUUGGCAAACCACUAUGUAAAACCUGACCUAGUUAAGCCGAGAUAUCAGGAAGGAAGGGCUCAUUCAACAGUUAUACUGUUUGAUGUUCCAUGUUUGCAACAAGAUCAGCCAUGAGACUCCACUUCCCUCUUCUGGUCUGCCUGACAGCAGCUCUGUCCUCUGCUGUUGUUGCUUCACCAAUCAAUUUAUGGACCAAACUGAUCCUGACACAGCAGUGGCCCAAAACCUUCUGUUCUAUGGAGCCUUGCCUUCUCAACGUUAGUUACUGGACACUACAUGGACUGUGGCCUGAUAAAGGGGAAUUCUGUAAUUCUUCCUGGCAUUUCAACUCUAGUGAAAUAGAGAAAAAGAAAAUAAUGAAGUACGAGUGGUCUAAACAUGGAACGUGUGCAGCAGAAGCUGCUUCGCUCAAUAGUCAACACAAGUAUUUCAGCAAGGCACUGGAGUUAUAUCAGAAGGUGGAUUUGAACAGCAUGCUGCAGAAGGCUAACAUUAUCCCUUCUGACAAAUACUACACCUUUUCAGAUAUUGAGCAAGCGAUGGAAAAUUUCUAUGGCGUGAAACCUAAGAUCCAAUGUGUGCACCCAUCAAUGAACUCUGAGUCCCAGGCUUUGGGACAGAUUGAGAUCUGUUUUGAUGCCGACUUCACUCUCCAAGACUGUGAGAAACAUUUUGCCACCAAUACUCUUUCAAGAGGACAGUGGGACCAAAACAAAUCAUCUGGACUCAGUGUGUGUUCUCCUGACAUACCAGUUUACUACCCUCCUACUUCUUAAAUGCAAACAUGUUCAAACUGGGGAACUAUAGCUCACUAAAAAUCUUCUUUUACCUUUUUAUGGACAAAAAUAGGAAGUUUUUGUUUGUAAAUGGAUCGUAAUUUAGCAUGUACACUAAUAACCCAUUUCACCCUGUUUAGUAUUCACAUUUAACAAUUUUGAGUUUCUGUCAGGUUUACAAAUAUAAUUAGUUGCACAUUUUGAGGAAUGCUAGAAUUCUAGUUGGCUUAAACCUCAAUGCUGUUUGCAUAUACAGCAAAAAAAUGGAAAACACUCAUGGAAACUAAAAUGUUCAGUUUAGUGCAGUCAGUUUUUGUGUCCUAUUUUCAGAGGAAACCCCUUACACUGAAAAUGUUUUUUAAGGAUUUAUUAGGUUUACUUGAUGAUAGACUUUAUUUAUUAUCAGAAUUCAGGUGCAAAAGUUGCGUGUUACCAGCAACUUUAUAUUGCUGAAUACCGUGGGAAAUAUAAUACUCCAUAGUCUGAUCUAAUUGGAUCAUAUAGAUGUUGAAGAAAAAUAGCCCAAGCUUAGAGUCUUGAGGUACUCCACAUGGGAUUGCUGCUUGCCCUGAUUUAUUAUCUGCCAAUAAGGAUCACACUUGCUUUGCACUGCAAAAGACAUCCUGCUUAGUUUGCCUUUCUGUCAGUGAGAAUUUUAUGAACCUUUGUUUUGAACAAUCAAUCAAAUUCUAUUUGUAUAGCACAUUUCAGCAGCAAGGCAUUUCAAAGUGCUUUACAUCAUAUCAAACACAGAAACACAAUGCAACAUAGAAUCAACAAUCAAAACACGACAAUAAGACAAGUUCCAUCAAUAAAUUUGUAAUUGAUUACGUUUCAAAUACAAUCCUAAUCAGGUUGGUUUUUAGUCAAGUCUGCAUCCAUAAAAGGUUUACCGGUUACACUCCUACUGUGUUAAAUCUAACAACCACAUCCAGUAAAACGAAAACAGAGGCUUUGUGAUUUGUUGUUGUUAAAACGCAUCCCAUUCAAAGUAUUUUUUAUUUUUUUAUUUUGUUAACUGGUAUUGUCUUGAUCCAGGGCAAUUUGCAAGGUUUUACUUUGUCCUGGGGGGAUGAAAAUGGCCUUUACUUUAAAGUGCCUUACUUUGUAAUUUCUAUGUCAUUUAUUUGACUUUUCUGAUGAUUGUUCUGCCUUUUGAAUUUUUGCCAAGUAUAUAAAAUGAUACUCUAAAAAGUUAAAUAAACAUGAACCGCACGUGAUGACAGAUUUAUUCAUGAAGAGUGAUUAUUUUUAAUCAUCUGUUCUCUCAGGUUAUGUUUAUGUGUAGCAAACUGAUUGCUUGAUGUUAAAUAACAUUUUCUGCUGUCAAAUGUCCUAAAAUUAGCCACUGCACAAUGCUGUAAGUUCUUAAUUUUUAAUAUGAAUAAACCUAUCCUUUUGAUUCUCA